UCAGUGUUAUAAAAGGGGUUAACGAAAUAAAAGGGGUUAACGAAGAACACAAUCUCUCUCUCCGGCAAUGGCUUCCGUAACAUCAACAACCACCACACUCUUCACCCCAUUCCUCUCCCACCGCCACACCACCAAACCCUUUCUCUUCUCCCCACCCCUCCACCUCCCCAACACCACCCCCUCCAUCUUCAUCCUCUCCUGUUCACCACCAAAGACAAUUCCAGUCACCGAGCAACAAUUUCUGCAAGCAAUUUCCGAUUCCUCAGACCAAAAGCAACUCCCGUGUGUAAGAACAUUCGAGAAUGAUUUGUCUCAACUCACUCUCGUCGGAGCUGUUGAUUUCCGUCAGGCGGUUACGGCUGCGGCCGCUGAUGGUGGUGAAGUUGCUGAUGAACAUGUUCAGGCUGGGAUGGAUGCUAUGGUUGUUGAAACCGUUUUUCCUGCUUCUUCUAGUGACCAUGGCACCGUUUCUACUCGAUUGUUCUUACCUGCUAGGAAAGUUAAAGAAAAGGCUGCUAAGCUCAGAAAGUCUUUCUCAGAAGAUAUAUUUUCAAACACUACUUCUAGGAAUGUACUGACUAUGACCUUUAGGCAAGUGGUUUUGGAGCAGGUUUGGAACUUUGACCUCACUGUCUUUCAACCAGGAGAAGAACGAAAAAUGGAUGAUCUUGAAAACCCGAGAGAGGUUCCUGCAUCUUUCACUCUCAGCUCAUCCGAUGAAUAUCUUAUCUCCAUGCUUGCAGAAGUUGUUUGCAUCUCUUCUCUCCAAAGCACUCAAAGACAAUUUCUUGAUAAAUCACAGGAUGGUAGUAGAAGUGGUUUCUUUCAGUGGUUUCAAAAGCAUGAAAGGAUACAAUCAAAAGAUUCUGCGGUCAUCUUGCACAAAUUAUUUGAAGAUGAGAUAGUUGAAAAUGCAAGAAGUCUAUUGGAUAAAUAUCACUUAAUGAAGGAUGGAUUCAAGCCUGUAAAAAUAAAAUCAGAGCGAUUCUGGUGGAAGCCUUCAUCUUAUGAAAAAUUAGAGAAAAUUGGUGGUUCUGAUUUCAGUGCUUGGACAAGUGAGUAUGUACCUGCAUAUCGGUUAGAGAUUGACCCCAAGAUAAUGGGAGAUUCAAAGUUUCAGGGCUGGAAGAAGUCUUCGGAGAAUAGGUGGGAAGUUCUUUUGACCCACUCUCAAAUGGUUGGUUUGGCAGAAACGUUAGAUAUGUACUAUGUGGAUCCCUAUUCGCUACCUGAUAAGGAAUUAUCCUAUGGAGUGGCAGCCAAGUAUGCCAACGUGUCCAAUAGAAAGGGGAGUUCAUUAUCAAAAAUAUUGUCAGUCUCCCUUGCAAGUGGCAUGUUUCUUGUAGCAAUCAGUGCUCUGGGACAGUUUUGUUUGCCUCGUUUAAGCAAGGAAAGGAAACACACUGUAGAACAUAGGUCUCUGCUAACAUCUGAAGUCAACGUUAUGCAUGACUUUUUGGAUACAACAAAGGUGGAAGAGUUUUGUGUGUCAGCUGUUGCUAAGCUGAAGAAUGCUUAUGGCUGGUCAGAUGAAAUUAAGGUAGAAGAUGGUAUCGGUGCCUGGAUUGGAGAAUUACCUGUUUACUUGAGAGGUGAAGGUGUUGAUACACUUUCUACUUCUUCAGAGGAUAUAGAUGCAGAUGCAAAAGUGUCCAUGCAAGAUAUUGCUAGUUACCAGGUAGUUUUCUCUAGUGAGGGGAAGAUAGUUGGUUUUCAACCCUUGAGUCGAGUGGCGGUUAAUCAGUGGGCUGAUAAUCCUCUGGCAAAGGAGCUGUAUGGAGGGAAAAAGCUUUCCCCAGGUAUCGUUGAGCCAGGUCUCAGGAUUCACCUUCCAAAAGAAGUUACUGUUGUAGAAUUGCUCGUGUCAGUUAAACCAGAUGCCUAUUUUGCAUUAGCUAGGCCAUAUCAGUGAUCCUUUUGAACAAUUAAUCGUGAAAUUGUAGAUUUAAGGAUAAAUUUUUUCAGGCACCAGAAGUUAUGCCUUGAGUUUAUCAGUUUUUUAAACAGGUGUCCUAAAUCUUUUAGUUUUUGAUGGGAGGUAAUCUUUUGGGCUUUGGUAUAGCUUGUGUAAAAUUGAAAACCCCUUCCACCAUAUUGGCUUUCAAUAUAAAUUGUAAAUUAUUCA